UCAAAACUAUCCGCCACAACAACUCUGAGUCCGUCAAUACGAAUCCAUCUUGUUGGACGAGUGUGUUGAGCUUCCAGGAGAGUUGGAGUGCCAUGGCACGGUUCAGCAGCUUAUCACUUACCCAGUGCAGCGUGGGGCUGGUUGCGAUCUUGAUAUGUCUGAACCUCUCGACGAUGGCUAAUGCCGCUGAUAAUAGUUCUUCUAUAAUUAACGCGUUGACUGGGAACUAUGCAGACCACGAGCUGUUCCUACAAUGCACUUGUGUUUACGACACGUAUCGCCGCACUCUUGCGCCUAAAUUUUUUCUCAGGCCCGGGUCUAAUACUACGGUGGCAGUGGAUAAAUGUUCAGGAGCCAAGCAGGUUGAAUGCGAUAUCACCAGGUACUCCAGGGCUCCCUUUCCGGCUGCGAAGUACUACUUGAAAAUACUUGUUUGGUACUUCAAGGGGCCGUCACAGACCCAAUUUAAGAUCGACAACACCUACUUGUAUUACGCAGUGGCGCCCAACUUUGUUUGGACCAUCUCUUCGCUCAGCUGGGCUAGCCUACUGGAAGUGGAAUAUUACUUCACUCCCAGCUUCCUGAGUUCAGCGACUGAAAGCGUCGCCCUUGGAAUGCAUUGAGGCCUGGGAGCUAUUCCAAUCAGAGAAAAUCUUCUUUGUGUUGGCCGGGCAACUAUUAUAACUUCCUCGAGGAGUGUUUUAUUUCUCUGUGCCCUGUCAAUCUGCAAUACGUAGGGAUCGCUCGCAUAGACUGUGGUUGAGCUGGUCCUGGAACUUUCUUAUACUCUUGAGAGUAAUGUGCUGCGAAGUAACAAGACUGGAACAUGUAUACGACUUCAUUGACGAGCAACAAAUUGGAUAUUGUGUGUUUUAGAAUGGAAACUUGCUAGUCUUGUUGUCAGGAUACUGAAGUACAGGCUUUAACGUGCACAGCUUUUGCUCAAUUUCUGUGGAUUCCUUCCGGAAAAUUCAGAUUGGAUUGCUACUCGACCAUAUCACUGAAAUCUAACCACACUCAUCUCCUCCACUCU